AUGAAAAAUGCCGUGUCGCUUGAGCGAGCAAAGGCAAAAAAACCUUUUACUGAUGGCAAUUUAAUUAAAAAGUGUGCCUUUGAAAUGUCCAAAGCUUUUGAAGAUUCUAAAAUGGCGGAGAAAUUUCAAUCGGUGCCACUUUCACAUCAAACCAUACAAAGAAGGAUAGUUGCUAUGGGUGAGAGAGUAGAAAAGUCUAUGCUGAGCCUAGUUAAAAAAAGUUCAUAUUUCUCACUUUGUCUGGAUGAAAGCACUGAUCAAUCAGAUGUUAGUCAGAUCCUAAUAUUUGUGCGUACUACUUUUGACGAUUUUACCAGUAAAGAGGAGUUAUUUGAUAUCUGCCGUCUUUGUGGAACGACUAGAGGAAAAGAAAUCUAUGAGGCUGUAAAGAAAGCAGUUGAUAGAAUUGGAGGUUUCGAUAAAUGUUCAGCAAUAGCAACAGACGGGGCCCCAUCAAUGACAGGUAAAAAAACUGGAUUAGUGGGUCUACUUCGAGAGAAUGGUGUUACUUGUCCUGCAAUCCAUUGUAUUAUACAUCAGGGAGCUUUAUGUGGAAAAUCAGUCAAGCAAAAUCAAGUUUUUCAAACCGUAAGUAAGAUUAUAAAUAGAGGUGGAAAUCGAUCCCUUCUAUUCAGUUCACAAAUUCAACAAGUUAUUGAUGAAUUCAAUACAAGAUUUGAAGAAAUCGAAAGUCUCAAAAGUAGUUUACUGCUUUAUAAUAAUCCUUUUGGAGCACUCAUUGAAGAUCAACCACCCGACUUACAAAUUGAGUUAUGUGACCUUCAAGCUGACAUGUUCCUAAUCAGCAGACAAGAAAGGGGACCUGAACUUUUCAAAUUACUGUCUAAAGAGAAAUUUCCAAAUCUGCGAGAUUUUGGACUGAAGAUUACAUCAAUGUUCGGAGGCACAUAUAGAUGUGAAAGUGCCUUUUCCUCCAUGAAGUACAUUAAAAACCACAACAGAAGCAACCUCACCGAUUCUUCCUUACGUCAUCUCGUGAGACUUUCUACAACUGAAAUGGAGGUGGACAUUUCCUCAUUGGUGGAUGAAGAGCCGAUCGACCACAGUCUUCAUAUUAGAUAUAACUUUUUAUUACUAUGGCCCGCAACCACAUCAAAGGUUUUAGUUUUGGCCCUUGGUGCCUUGCAAGUUGGACACCCCUGA